AAGUAUUAAGACCCUCCGCUCGGAUCGAGGAGGUGAAUACUUAAGCUUGGAGUUCGAUGACUAUCUGAAAGAGCAUGGGAUCUUAUCCCAACUCACUCCUCCGGGGACACCUCAGUUAAAUGGAGUGUCUGAGAGGAGAAAUUGGACUUUGCUAGACAUGGUCUGGAGCAUGAUUAGUCUGACAACAUUUCCAGAAUCAUUUUGGGGAUAUGCAUUGAAAACAGCAGCACACACACUCAACAGAGUUCCAUCUAAAGCUGUCAAGAGCACACCAUACGAACUAUGGCGUGGGAGAAAACCAAGUUUCUCGUACUUUAAGAUUUGGGGCUGUGAAGCUUAUGUAAAACGUCUCAUGAUGUAUAGUAAGUUGGAGCCUAAAUCUGAUAAAGUAAUUUUUGUGGGAUACCCCAAGGAAACUAGAGGGUAUGAGUUCUAUCAUCCAUCCGAUAACAAAAUUUUUGUUGCUCGGAAUGGAACCUUCCUUGAGAAGGAGUUUCUUUCUGCUAUCACUAGUGGGAGAAAGGUAGACCUCAAAGAAAUUCGAGAACCACAAGAAGAAGUCCCGAUAGUGUUGGAACAUGAGCAAAGAGAUCAAGCAAUUGAACCUCAAACUGCUCAAGAUAUACCACGUAGGGAAGACUCAGAGCGUCUUCGAGCUCUUGAGAAUAUGGGACGAGGAAGAAGAAGAAGAAUUGAGGCAAAGGAGAGAAUCGGCGAACCGAGGAGGAAGGGAAUUAGGGUUUGUAAUUUGUUUAUUGAUUGCUUUACUCUAAAGGGGGUUACAUCUCCUUAUAUAGGGAAGAAGGAAACCCUAACGCUAACCUGACGGUUCAAUAAAAGCGACGAGGGAAAGAACCGUAAAGAAACCUCGAAGGAGCUUAUAAUUCCGCUCACCUAAUAAAACCUAAGUUACAUU